AGCCACCCCACGCGGCCUGCAACCGUGCAGAAGGCCUCGGUCCCGAUUCUCGCCUUGCCCACCAGCAGCCCACCACCGCCACAUCCGCUGAGCCACCCCACGCGGCCUGCAACCGUGCAGAAGGCCUCGGUCCCGAUUCUCGCCUUGCCCACCAGCAGCCCACCACCACCACAUCCGCUGAGCCACCCCACGCGGCCUGCAACCGUGCAGAAGGCCUCGGUCCCGAUUCUCGCCUUGCCCACCAGCAGCCCACCACCACCACAUCCGCUGAGCCACCCCACGCGGCCUGCAACCGUGCAGAAGGCCUCGGUCCCGAUUCUCGCCUUGCCCACCAGCAGCCCACCACCAGUGGCUACACGGCCUCUAGCGAUGGCGCCAAUGGCUCGUUGGUGGUAA